GUGAAGGUCGUUCAAAGAUACAGAUGGUCCUCUCAAACACGGCUUAGGUCGUGACACGCACAGAAACAGUGACCAUGAGGCCAAUACCUAUUUCAGUGGCCGUCUUGGCCGCAGGCCUACUCGUGGCAACAGUUGCCAACAGCAUAGAGGGAGCUUCAGUGCUCGGGAAGAUGUUACGAAUGAAAAGAGGCAUGCACGGCGUGGUCAGGUUGCCAUACCACGUUGAUGUCGACAAGAAGGCAAGAGCCGAAUGUCAUGCGAAGCACCUUAUCUAUAACUCCUCCACUCGCAAGUGCUGCGCCAGGUCGGAAUAUUACUAUGAAGGGACUGGGAAGUGUAUGAGCGUGUUGCCAAAAGGAAUGUGUCCGAAGGGCAAAAAAAUAGACUGGACCAGGGGGUUGUACCAUUCGCCUCUAUGCAUCAACGAUAACGACAAAGCGGCAAAACAAUUGGCAGAAAAGCCUGUGUUAAACGGGCAAGAGAAGAAAUACAUGAGAAAAAUACUGACUCCGAAAGGAAAGCCCGCCAAACAUCAGGUCGCCAAGACCAAGAAGCACCUGACCAAAGAUCAGAAGAAAAAACUUGACAUAAAGAAAGCGCAAAUGGCCGCGUUCAAAGCUAUGCAAAAGGCCAACAGAAAGAAGCAGAAAGCAAACAAGACGAAGACGGCAGGGGAAGAGGCAAACAAACAAGAAGAAGAAGGCAAACAAAAAGAAAAAGGCAAACAAAAAAAGAUGAAUGCCAAGAAAUCGUAGACACUUCAGCUACUGUGAAAGUAAGCAGGAGCCGUCGCGACUUGCCAGAUGGUAAAUGCACAGGCAUGACAGGGACCACCACACCGUGACAGCCGAUUUGUUUUUUCAGUGUUUGUUAGAAUCUGUCAAAAGAGAUGUGCCGACGGAAAAAAACAUUCAUUUCUAGGUAAUGGGUUUCAGUUGCCAUUCGUCUUAAUCUGUUUUCAAACCAGGUGGGACAUCUUCUUAAGGGGACACUGAUUUAUCUUUCAUCCCUAUCAUUAUUAGGUGCCAUUACUUGUCACCUUUUCGAUUUACAAAUCUUUGUCGAUAUGGACUCGAUCAGAUGAAACCUUUAAUUCCCUGCUGUGCGCUACGUUUAGUUGUCUUCAACUAAACGUAGCCUAAUACUAUUAGGCCCCACUUGGUGGCGCUAAAGCAGUCACUACCGGGGGCCUAAUUGACAACUUUCUUUUUGUUUUCCGCGACAGAAUUUUGUCGUGGCACGAUCUUCGGCUGGAAAUAAGUUUUAGUGUUUUAACGAUGCGAAAAAUUGCUAAUUGUUAGUUUUUCAUAUGAGUUGUGUGUGUUCAUCAUGAAUUACACAAAUUAGAUUGUUAGUAUGCACUAGCAGAUUUAAUUCAAUAAAAUAUUUCACGUUUGAAAAUCGACGACCAACUUCUGUAAGCACCCGAUAUGUGGCCAUUGGGUAACCACUAUUGGCCAAUUACGGCCCUCUCUGUAAUGUAAUGCAUGAGAGUGAUUGAGUCACUCUACUACAAAUCAGGAUUCAUGAAGCAUCUGACGCCAUAGAUUUUACUUUUACUAGAAUACAUUCGCAUGUAUGUAAAUUACUGAAUCUUAUUGCGCAAUGAAUAUCAAAAAGGUACAAGUUA